GAGGCGGUUCUGCGCACGUGCCGAGUGGCUGUGGGAGGCGCAGGAUGGCGGCGGUCGGCUGCCGCUUGCUGGCGGGUUUGACCGCCGGCCGUUGCCGAGGUGGUGGGGGUCACCUCUAUUCUAUUUGGGCGGUUGUUCACCACCGAGCCAGGGCGCUUGGUGUAUCUUCUGGAUUGCUUUCAGUCAUUGGCUUGUGGCAAAACCAACAGCAGCACAGGAACCUUUCCUUGCACGAAUACCUAAGCAUUCGUUUACUGGAAGAUGCUGGGAUCUCUGUACCGAAGGGUAAAGUUGUUUCUACGGCCGAAGAAGCAUAUGAUACUGCCAAAGCAAUUGGUUCAAGAGAUCUUGUUGUAAAAGCACAGGUUUUGGCCGGUGGCAGAGGAAAAGGUGUAUUUGAAGGAGGUCUGAAAGGGGGCGUUCAAAUUGUUUAUUCUCCAGAGCAAGCCCGGGAUGUUACUUCCCAAAUGAUUGGAAGGAAGUUAUUUACCAAACAAACGGGUGCAAAAGGAAGAAUAUGCAAUAAGGUAUUGAUCUGUGAGCGAAAGUAUCCCAGGAAAGAAUAUUACUUUGCAAUAACACUGGAAAGGACAUUUCAGGGGCCAGUAUUAAUAGGAAGUUCUCAGGGCGGGGUUAACAUAGAAGAUGUAGCAGCUGAAAACCCUGAAGCAAUUGUGAAAGAGCCUAUUGAUAUAAUUGAAGGUGCCAAGAAAGAAAAAGCUGUCAAGCUAGCAAAGAAAAUGGGUUUUCCACCUAAUGUCAUAGAAGAUGCAGCAGAGAACAUGAUCAAAUUAUACAAUGUGUUUGUUAAAUAUGAUGCCAGUAUGUUAGAGAUAAAUCCUAUGGUGGAGGAUGCCUCUGGAAUUGUAAUGUGCAUUGAUGCAAAAAUCACCUUUGAUUCUAAUGCUGCCUUCCGGCAGAAGGAUAUUUUUGCCCAGAGGGACUGGAGUCAAGAAGAUGAACAGGACAAGCAAGCAGCCACAGCAGAUCUUAAUUACAUUGGAUUGGAUGGAAAUAUUGGUUGUUUGGUAAAUGGUGCAGGUCUGGCUAUGGCUACAAUGGAUAUCAUCAAGCUUCACGGAGGUACGCCUGCUAACUUUCUGGAUGUAGGUGGUGGAGCCACAUCUCAGCAAGUGACAGAGGCGUUUAAACUAAUUACUUCAAACAAAAAUGUAGUCGCUAUUCUGGUAAACAUAUUUGGUGGCAUCAUGAGCUGUGAUAUAAUUGCUAAAGGUAUUAUUCUAGCUGUGGAAGACUUGGAUUUGAAGAUCCCUAUAGUUGUGAGAUUACAAGGCACGCAAGUAGAUGAUGCCAAAGCACUGCUUGCUGCCAGCAGUUUCAAAAUCCUAGGUUGCGAUGACUUGGAUGAAGCUGUGAAAAUGGUUGUAAAGCUUUCAGAAAUUAUGUCACUGGCAAAGGAGGCACAAGUGGACGUCCAAUUCCAGCUGCCCAUUUGACAUGUUUAUUAAAUAAAAUUCCUGUGCUGUUCACUAAUUGUGUUUAAAUCCCUAGUGUCUUUGUAAAGGGACUAUCUUAGCCAAGUAUUAAUACCGUGCACAUGUAAGAUUGAUUUGUGUACUGGUGUUCAUUGGGUUUUUAUGUUUGGUGUUGCUGUGCAGGCAGUGGUAGUUUUGUAAAUUAUUACUUAUUUAGAAAUUGCGUUUCACCCCAAAUUUUAGCUCUGAUGUGUGACCAGCUGGUUGAUCCUGAAGCACAACUGCACAAACAAGUCUGAAUUGACCUGCGGCUUCCAUAACCUUCCUUCUAACGCAGUGCUUGUACUUACUAUUUGAAACAUCUCCAAUUAAUGAGUACAUAUGCACGAUUGAAAGACAGUUAUUCUUUGGAUGCAUUUUAUGAAGCCAUUGAAUGGUCAAACCUUCAGUCUUUACAUCAUUGUUCCUCUGCAUAGCAUUAACAUUAUUAAUUAACGUUCCUAACUCCUGGACAACCUUUCAAAAGCAAUUAAUGAAUUCAUUCAUUAAUCUCAAUGAUGGGACAGGAAAAAUAGACCUUAAUGCAAAAGAAGUUGGUAUUCAAAUAUGUUGUUGCUGUAUUUUUAGACUCAAAACAAAGUUACAGACAUUCGGAAAAAAUUGCUUGAAAUAUAUGCUGUAAAGUAUUUCUGCAAUAUGAUGAUUAAGCCUCAUAGGCCAGAGUUGGAGUAUUUAUUUUAAAUAUGCAUUAUCAAAACCAGUUAUUGCAUUUAAUAAAAUGAUUCAGUUCUGCAAAGACUUGCUUGAUAACCAGGGCUUUUCUGUGCAAAUUGGAGUUGACAUUCAAUGUCUAUGAAUGCAUGGUUCUGUGGUCAGUCUGAUUCCCACAUACCACAUUUUCUUCUGCAUGAGAUUUUUAAAGUACAACAAAGAGGAAAUGUGUCAGAAUUAUAAUGGUUUGUACACCACAUAAACUUGUAAUAUUCUCCAUUGUCCAUAUUGUAAUUUAUCUACAAUUAUUACCUACUGUUUUUGAUGUCCUGCUACCUCAUUCCUUGUUCACACCAACUUGUAUCCAUAUCUGGUUACCUAAUGUCUCAAAUGUAAACUUUCCUCCACAGUUAGCCAUCACAAUCCCUCUGAUUUCUGGAGAACAGUACAUUUCCACUGUAACUAAAAUAAAAAAAGUUAAGGGUAAAAUAAAA